CUCCGCCGAGUGUAAGUAACCAAAUGAUAACAAAGGAGAGUAACAGAAAUGCCCAUUUGGAACAUCCAGAACAGAAUCCUGGUUCAUCAGUGGGUGAUACUUCAGCAGCGCACGAGGAAGUUGUAGGAGAAAACUUGAUAGCCACAGCCCUUUGUCUUUCUGGCAGUGGGUCUCAGUCUGAUUUGAAGGACUUGGCCAACCCAGCAGGAGAGGAGGGGGACACGAGCCUCCAGGAGAGCCUCCAUCCAGUCACUCGGUCUCUUAAGGCAGGGUGCCACUCAAAACAACUUGCCUCCAGGAAUUGCUCUGAAGAGAAAUGCCCAGCAGCCUCCACCCUAAAGGAAGGUAGCAGGGAUACAGGCUUGGACUUCCGACCUGUAGUACCACCUGCAAAUGGGGUUGAAGGAGUGAGAGUGGAUCAGGAUGGUGAUCAGGAUAGCUCUUCCUUGAAGCUUUCUCAGAACAUUGCUGUGCAGACUGACUUUAAGACAGCAGAUUCAGAAGUAAACACAGACCAAGAUAUCGAAAAGAAUCUGGACAAAAUGAUGACAGAGAGAACUCUGUUGAAGGAACGUUACCAAGAAGUCCUGGACAAGCAGAGGCAGGUGGAAAGUCAGCUCCAAGUGCAAUUAAAGCAGCUUCAGCAAAGGAGAGAGGAAGAAAUGAAGAAUCACCAGGAGAUACUAAAGGCCAUUCAGGAUGUGACCAUAAAGAGAGAAGAAACCAAGAAGAAGAUAGAGAAAGAAAAGAAGGAGUUCUUGCAGAAGGAGCAGGACCUGAAAGCUGAAAUUGAGAAGCUCUGUGAGAAGGGCCGAAGAGAAGUGUGGGAAAUGGAACUGGAUAGACUCAAGAACCAGGAUGGUGAAAUCAACCGGAAUAUUAUGGAAGAGACAGAGCGGGCCUGGAAGGCAGAGAUCCUGUCACUAGAGAGCCGGAAGGAGUUGCUGGUAUUGAAACUGGAAGAAGCAGAAAAAGAAGCAGAACUUCAUCUGACUUACCUCAAGUCAACUCCUCCAACACUAGAGACAGUUCAUUCCAAACAAGAGUGGGAGACAAGACUGAAUGGAGUUCGGCUAAUGAAAAAGAAUGUUCGGGACCAGUUUAAUAGUCAUAUCCAGCUAGUGAGGAAUGGAGCCAAGCUGAGCAGCCUUCCUCAGAUUCCCACCCCAACUUUGCCUCCACCACCCUCGGAGGCAGAUUUCAUGCUUCAAGUAUUUCAGCCCAGUCCCUCUCUGACCCCUCGGAUGCCCUUCUCUAUUGGGCAGGUCACUAUGCCUAUGGUUAUGCCCAGUGCAGAUCCUCGUUCUCUGUCUUUUCCAAUCUUGAACCCUGCCCUUUCCCAGUCCAGCCAACCUUCUCCACCUCUUCCUGGCUCACAUGGGAGAAAUAGCCCUGGCUUGGGUUCCCUGGUCAGCCCUCAUGGUCCACACAUGCCUCCUGCUGCCUCCAUCCCGCCUCCCCCAGGCUUGGGUGGUAUUAAGGCUUCUACUGAAACUCCCCGGCCCCAACCAGUAGACAAACUGGAGAAGAUCCUGGAGAAGUUGCUGACUCGGUUCCCACAGUGCAAUAAGGCCCAGAUGACCAACAUUCUUCAGCAAAUCAAGACAGCACGUACCACCAUGGCGGGCCUGACCAUGGAGGAACUAAUCCAACUGGUAGCCGCACGACUGGCAGAGCAUGAACGGGUGACAUCAAGCACUCAGGCUACACCCACUUGUAAGCUGUGUCUGAUGUGUCAGAAACUUGUCCAACCCAGUGAGCUGCACCCGAUGGCCUGCACCCACGCACUGCACAAGGAGUGUAUCAAAUUCUGGGCCCAGACCAACACAAACGACACUUGUCCCUUUUGCCCAACUCUUAAAUGAUGGACCCGACUGGGGAGGAAGAAGAGGAGAAACGGAUAUGAACAGGAAGCGCGGGUUCAAGAUUUCUAAAACUCUAUAUAUUUAUACAGUGACAUAUACUCACGCCGUGUACAUUUUUAUUAUAUAGGUAAUGUGUGUAUAGAAAGUCUGUAUUCAAAUGUUCGUACUGAAAGUAUGUAUAUAAUGCAGAAACACUCCUUAUCCCCUCA